GCCAGUGCAAGCAGCCUGGUCGCGGCUGCGCGCCCUGUAAGCGGCGGCGCGGCGCUACACCACUGCCCCCUUUCCCCAACCGACGCCGAAUUCGACGACUGGUGCCAGGAUUCUCUCAUCGCCGGGCGCCGGUCCCGAACGCCGUCGGAGAGUAAGAAAGAGGAAGGACUUUGAGUGACUGACGCUCUCGGCAGCCUGCCGCUGUGCUCCUUCUCGUCUGUGCAGUGCUGCGGUGCUGACUUUAUCAGCUGUUGACGCGUUUCUUCACUUCCGAUCGACAACUUUGCUGUGGCUGGCGGCAGCGGCGGCAUUAGGCAGUGCGUAGAGGGCUGCUCCCGGAUCGUUUUCUGCCUUCGUGUGCGCUUUUCGGGUAUCGCGUGCAUCUCGCGCCUGGGACUCGGAGGACAGUUUGGUGGAAAUCGUCCGACGCGCAUCUCCCGCUCAACUUGUUCGCGGUCGAGAAAGUGCCGCUGCGUCAAGAGCGCUUCACAGGUCCUUGCCAACUUGUCAACACAUAUUAAGACAUCUAUAUUUCUGAGACACCAUGUUAUUUAAUCUCAUUCCUGGGUAAUCUACGAUAACUUUGCAUUCUCCGCACUAGUCACAUCGCUGUCUUGUCGUCGCUAUUUAUAUUAAUCUUGUUCCCUAAGCGGCCCAUUUUCCUUAAGCGAACUUCUUUAUUUUUCCUUGCAGAAAUAUUUAGUUACCUCCUGUCUUCAGUGCUCAAUAUUGAAUCUUUUUGUCGCGAGUUUUGUCGUGUGCUGCGUUUGCAUACCCGUAAUUUUUUUAGAACUGACCAAAUUCGGCGCAUAGCUCAUGGGCAGAACCCACUACUCUGCGCGCGACGACACCGAACAGGACUUCUAAGCACUAGAACACUGUUCUUGGCCUGUUGGCAAGCAGCGAAUCAGUGCUGGGACAACUUGUCUCGUGCGCUACCACGCCCACCACCGCGGCUGAUACCCAACAGAACUGAUACCCAUCGGUGAACGAGAAACCGUGCUAAGGAAACACGCGGCUCGAAAUUCACAUCCGCUGCCUGGAUUAUCGCGCACGCAAGUCGCGACGCUAUAGUCCGCUGCAGAACUGCUCCGGGAAGCUGUCGUCCCUUGCGCGCCGAGCUGCGAAAACCGCAGUCUCGGUAGAACGGUAUCUUAGCGCGGGCUUCUGAGCUCGGCUACAACGCAUCCGUCGCGUGACCCGGAACGAUGUGACAGACCCGCACGCCGAACGCUAAUCACCGGCAGUGAUAAAACGCGAGGGAAAAGUAACUCUGUUGCGCUUCUUCAGCGACCCCAGCAUACGGCCGAGUUCGAGUCGGUGCUGUGACGGCGAGUCGACGAAGGCGCUUACCUGCGGACGCAACUUGGAACCACGCAGCCCUAGACGCGCGGCGACGACCUUCCGGAGCACGCGACCGAGCCACAGGCUUCUCUCUCGGAGAGCACGGGUAGCAAACCGGACAUCGCGAUCAGGAAUCACGAGGCUUGGAGAAAAGGCGACAUCCGCCAUCCUGCGUAUACAGACUGUGAAAACCGGAAUACACUGGGCCGCCAAACAAGGGAGUCCCUCGGACAUCUAAAGGACAGGAAGACGGCGCUGGGAACCCUGUUGUCGCACAUGGGUGCGCACCCCGAGGAUUAUGCCAGCGCAGUCUGAAGCAUCUCCUCCUCUUCGCCUGCACGGGAUCCUGUUCCCGUCCUGGCCAGCGACACGUUUGUGGCGUGACAGCGGACGACGCUCCAGUUUCGACCCGCGGCCCUCUCGCCUCGCACGCCGGGAACAAAUCAGGCGGAGGGCGCGAACCUUCGUCGGCGGACCCGAGGCGGCAAGCGGGCCCUUGGAGGAGGAGAGCGGCAGCCCGCGGAUCGCGCGGCGGGGACCUCUGCGGCCGGCGGCACACCGAGCAGCAGCGGCGGCGUGGCCGGCCCCCGGUAGCCGGGCGGCGGCCAUGCCCGUGACGCCCUGCGGCGGCAGCAGCAGCGAGCGGUCCUGCUGCCGGCUGCUGCGGCAGCAGCGACGACGACGAGACGAGGCGGCACAGGGGCCCGUGCGGCGGCCAUGAGCAACGGCAGCAGUACGGCUAACCUGAGCUGGCUUGACGGCGUGGCGGCGCUGAACGCGACGCUCGACGGCAAUGACUCGGCGGCGGCAGACGACGAGGGCGGCGGGUGGCCUCUGGUGCCCGACGACCCGUGGGACGGGUCGCCCUACCCGAGCCGCUACUCCAAGCUGAGCUUUGUGGUGACCGCGUUCGUGGUCACCUGCAUCAUGAUCCUCAUCGUUGUGGGCAACAUGCUGGUGUGCAUCGCGAUCGCCACCGAGAAGACGCUCAAGACGAUCCAGAACUGGUUCAUCGCCUCCCUGGCAGUGUCCGACUUCCUCAUCGGGCUCAUCAUCAUGCCCUUCUCGCUCGCCAAGGAGCUGAUGGGCUACUGGAUCUUCGGCACGCUCUGGUGCGACGUGCACGCCGCACUGGACGUGCUCAUCUGCACCGCCUCCAUCAACAACCUGUGCCUCAUCAGCCUGGACCGAUACUGGUCAGUCACGCACGCCGUCGAGUACCUCAAGAAGCGCACCGCCUCGCGAGCCAUGGCCAUGAUAUGUUUCGUGUGGCUCCUGUCGGCGCUCAUCUCGCUGCCUCCGCUCGUCGGCUGGAAGAAGUCCCAGCAGGCCUCCGACUACCCCCAGUGUUCCGUGUCCGAGGACGUCGGUUAUGUGUUGUACUCGGCCCUCGGGUCGUUCUAUGUUCCCGCGGUCGUCAUGGUGUUUGUGUACAUCAGGAUAUUCCUGGCGGCCCGCUCGCGCGCGCGCCGGCACGUCAAGAAGCAGGCCCGGCACGUACCAGAGCUCACGAACGAUCCGGUGCGCGACAAGUCGACGACGACCACGACGACGACGUGCACCAGCUUCAGCAACCCGAGCCCGCCGGACUCCUCGGCGGCGGCGCACAAGAUGAACGGCGGCGGCGGUGGCGGUGGCGGUGGCGGCGGCGGGGCGCAGCGCAGGGGCAUCCUGCCCAGCGCCGCGCCGCAGAUCAUCAUCGAGACUCCCGAAGAACCGAGCUCGGCGCCGCCGUCGCCCCCGUUGCCGUCCCGCCGCCAGGAGGGCCUCGGCGGGCUCAGGGCCCCGGAGGUCGGCCUCCGCGCCGACGACUCCGAGGCGGCGCCGCUGCAGGGCUCGCACGACGCGCCGGGCUUGCUGAGCGCGCCGCAGACGCGGAUCGCGCGCUCCCCUUACGGCUCCACGCUGUCGCUCAAUGAGCGCGACGAGGACAGCGAGCUGUGCGAGUCUUCCAACGCGGCGGGAGGAGAAUCCUCGGGCGGCAGCGGCGGCGGCACCACCGGCAAGCGGGGCGGCCGCCCCACACCGACCUCCAAGCGGCGGCCGGCGCCCCCGCAGGGACUGACGUACGCAGUGGCGCGCCACACCCCGUCAGACGCCGAGCGCCACAAGCGCAAGCUGGCCAAGGCCCGCGAGCGCCGCGCCACCAUGAUCCUGGGCCUGAUCAUGGCUGCUUUCAUCCUGGCCUGGCUGCCCUUCUUCGUCCUCUACGUGCUGGGCGCGCUCUGCAAGCGCUGUGACAUCAGCGGCACGGUGUUUGCGGUCGCCUUUUGGCUCGGCUACUGUAACUCGGCCGUCAACCCAAUCAUCUACACCAUCUUCAACCGAGACUUCCGCAAGGCCUUCCGCAAAAUCCUCUUCAAGUGAUCCUGCGCCGCCGCUGCCGCCAUCCGGCCCGGCGCUGCUGUCUUCCACGGCGCCGCCUGGCCCGCCACUGCCGCCGGCGCGGCGCAGCCUCGCCCGUCGAAGGAUCCCCGCCGCCGCCGCUGAAAACCCCGCUCUGCCCGCCGCUCCUAAUCCUCGUUGUUUACCAUUGGGAGCCUCCACCACGAACCGAGAGAAGGCGCUCCGUGCGUGUGAAGCGCCCGCUCGCCAAACGGAGUCCGCCUUCCGCGCGCGCCCAGGGACCUGUCCACGCCGUCUGUGGCCUGUGCGUCUCGCGCAUCGACAGUCCAGCCGCGACGCCACCACCGCGCGCACACGCACACGCGGCGUGAAACACCGAGUGCUGCUGUGCCGUGCUGUGCUCCGCGCUGCGCACACAUGCCACGACCGCACAACUGUGUAUACAUGUUUGUUAACUGCCGUAGCACCGCGCUAUCUUUGCCCUGCACUAACCCCACGCGACCCGCCCUACUUACACAUGCUACGGCGACGACACCACCCCAUUCUACUCGUCGUAUCUACUUUGCUCGGACGGUGGCACUCGGGGCGGGUGCCGUUCCAAGAUUCGAUGAGGAACAAUAUCCGCCGCUAACUCUCGUUCCCGCAGUUCUUUUUUCUUCGUGGAAGUGUCGCGCAUCGGCGCUUCGCAAAGGCCUAGCAACACGCACAAUACACACGCAGACAAAAGAAACACAAAUCGAGUUUCGCAGCUGUUGUUGUUCUGGAUGAAAUGUAUCCCGGUUGUACAUGAAAUGUCUGUAGCUACGGGGCAGGCUGCCCGUUCGUCAAGUAGCAGGGCCAGGUUCGCUUGUUCAUAGAGCGUACGCCAGCAGCCAGAUGAAACGACGUUGUGUGGACAUGCAAAGCCUGGCAGCAGAAUUUGUUGACUCGAAUCGUUCUUGCGCCACCGGUGUUUAGAGCGCACGACGGUGACCUUGCACAAAUCGGCGCGCAACAUGGUGGCGCGCUGUUGUCGAACCACGCACCUAACAAUGCCGUACGCAACUUAACUGUCCUUUCUGUAGUUAGAGCACAAGUGACAAGGUGGCUUCUUUUCGUCUGGCUGCUGGAGUAUAUAGUGUCGUUUGGUGCCAGUGCUUUUAGGAUCAUGUUCGUUUCAUUGGUUGACGCUUCGUGCUUUUUGAGAUGUUGAAGUGGACCGUACACGAACAGAAACAACCGAAGGACGUUCUCGACACCAGAUGCAAGGCAAGUUUACAUACCAUGCCUAAAAAAUACCGGAAUGCUUUAUGGUGUGCGAACUCGGACAGAAACACACACACACGCCCAAACACACACAUGCAAGCACAGCGCGCGCUCCUAACACACACACACGCACACAAAGACACACACACACACACACACACACACACACACACACACACACACACACACACACACACACACACACACACACACACACACACACACGCAUAUAAUAUAUAACUUACUGAGCGGUCACUGUUUCCCCUGAGCUGAUGCAUAUAUUAUAUAGCAGCCGAGGUGUAUAUACUGCUACUUAAUGCGAUAAAUGUCACGCUGUUCCGAACAUUUAUAAACGCGAUCUUCUAAGAGAGAGCUUCCCGAUGGCGAGAACAUUGCACGCUUUUCUCUUCUUUUUUUUUCUUUUUAUUUUUUUGCAACGGCGUCGUCUACGUUAUUUUCUUUAUCCCCUAUGUGUGGGGUCACUCAAGCGUUCUACUCUCUAUUAAGGCACACUAAAUGCACAAUAAUAAACACCAAAGUUUCACCUUCACCAUUUCCUCUCAUUGAAGUCAGCAGACUACAACACAUGCAUCGUAGAGCUAUCAAAUAGAGAGCGAAAAAGAUCCAACCAAGCAAUGAGCGCCACCUUUUUGUCAGUUUUAUCUUGACUCUAUUACGUAAAAUAGAAUUCUUGUGUCUUAUUUGCUACUGGUUUACCUGUAGAAUUCUUUUUUUCGUACAUUGCCCCCCCCCCUCCCUUUCUUUUCUUCGCAUCGCUCGAAAAAGUACUAGUCAUUAAAAAAGCACCCAAGGCGAGCACUUGUGUCGCGUCAGGAUGAUUCUUAGCAGCGCAUUUCAAGAAAAAAAGAGCUGCUGUCGCUACACCGCAGUGUUUAUUGUGCAGUGAAGUGUCACUAACAGAGAGAUUAGGAUGCCACAAUCACCUUUCUGGCAAUGAGGUUUGCUUGUUAAAAAAAGAGAAAGAAAAUGAUGACGGCAGCGAUACACCAUCCUUCCUGACGUAUAUAAUCCAACACGAAAAACCAAAGAUUAUAGCGUACUUGUCAGCGUGAAUGGGGACCUUGAACUGGGAACGUUCAGAUCUGCGAUUACCUUUCAAGAGCAGUUCUGUUUUAGCGAGACCCGUUUCAUAAUUUGCAAGUGCGCUUCUCUGCACUGCACAUUUGCCCAACUGAUGCAGGCACCGGUCAUCGUUCAAAUGAAGGUGUGCUAGAUGCACAUGCUGGGGCUUGUCUCUUGCGCACGUUUUCAUCACCAAAGCUACGUCUACGCGUUUCUAUGUCAUAGCAUAAAGAAACUGUGUUGGUACAAGCUGUUUGCAAAAAUCAGCAUGCCGCCAUUAGUUUAGCAAAGUGCCUUGCUGAAAAGCUAGCUUUACAGUUAGGAAAAGUAUUCAAAUGGGAUAGUGCUUUUCUUUCUUUUCUUUCAGCUGUUCAUUCGCUGUAUGCCAAAUUGAACGUGAAGAAUACAAUAGAAACUUAAUUUUAUUGUCAUUCCUCUGCAAUACGAUCACGUUCUUCAAUUAAGCUUAUCAAGAAAGUUCAAGCUGCCUCGAUCACUUCAACAACCUAACCACGUGCCGAACUUACGCGGCAUUUGCGACUAUCACUCAACUUACAUAGUUGUGAAGCAGAACACAUGUACGUCCGAUGGCGACGGGCGCAAACAUUUAUAGCUGUACUUUGAUGAAGUGCGGUGGCCUGUGCCGUUCUCUUCAACAUUAUAUCGCCAGCCACCUGAAAAAAAAAAUAAUGACUUUAAAUACUUGUUAUCAAAUGCGACAUUAGCUGCUAAUGCUAUUUUUUUUACAAUAUUGUUUGACUUUGACGACUACAGUCACGUCGAAAGCGGCAGUGAGAUCAGAGCACACAACGGAACCUACGAAGCAUUUAACACAACUACACGCGUUCCAAUAGAUGCGAAAACGAACAACGUAAAGCGCAGAUAAUUAUGGGUCCGUUGAGCGAGUCUGUUUGGAAGUAGAAUGUUGUUCGAAACCAGCAGAAGAAUCUUCGCCGUUACGGCGCUGCUUGCUCCGAAGGUAGGACGUGUGUUUCCGUUGGCUUGAAGGUUGAAGGUUGGCUUGAAGGUUGGCUUGAAGGUUGGCUUGAAGGCUUGAAGAACUGCGACAGUUCUUUGUCUCGUCACAAAACAAACCGACCGUUCGCAACGACGACAGGUAUUCGGUUUUAUAUAAAACAGAAAUUGUUGAUAUUAAGAGAAGAAUUCGGGACACAGUACAGCGGUACGGUCGACCCAGACUGGUGCCUCACGCAACUAAUGUCUCAGUUAUUCGAAAGUAUGUUGUUUGUAUUGCGUUUCUUUCUUUGUGGUGGCAACAUACGCAGGCCGGGCGUUCACAACCUGCAAUGCGCUAAUGACUUGGGGUGUGCAAACUACUCUUUCAGGAGCACUUCUUAGUCUAAAGCUGUUAAUGUCGCAGUCGAGGAAUUCUCUGAUGCUGUUUCGAUUUGUGCAAGUUUUCCGUUCCUUCAUUCCUGCGAAUUUCUUUCUCUUUGUUCCUAGGUUCGGUAUAGUAAUCGUCAUGAAGAAGAGGAAAAAAUGGAUACAAAAAAAAAAAACAUUUAUUUCAACUUCGUUGUCCACGCCAAGUUACGUUAACUUGUAAAGGCGCAAUCUAUAAACAGGCAGCCACGUUGAUAGGACUGAAGUUGUCUAGCGUCACGUCAUAAGAAGCUAAAGAAAGUAUUAAGCAGAACGAAUACCCCAUGAGCCCCCUGUAUAAGCUUUGUAAACGACUUGCGUGGCAGCAAGCUAUAAGAAGAUAAUAAACAGCACGUAUCCAUAUCGAGCAAAUGACGUGUCUGCAAAGUAAAAAAUAAAGCAAGUAAAAGCUCAAGAGGAGAUGCUUGGAUGCGCCGCUAAUAUUCCCUUUGGUUUUCUUUAUUUUUGAGGGAAAUCGUUAGCACGAUAUGACAACACGGGUACGCAAUUAGCUGUAGUAAAACUAAUUACCCGGGGCCGAUAAGGCAGCGCGACUCGAGGGAGUGAAAUGUCAAGCGAAACGCGUGGCUUACCUUGACAAACGACUUGAGUCAUUAGCGCGGUAAGUUUCCAACCGCUCGCGGAGUUGCAUCGCAAGUGUUGGAGCAUCGCAUCCACUGCAUCAUUUUCAGGCGCUACAAGAUGUGCCGACGGGAAACGCGUUCCGCUGUGAUCUUGGGGCGCACCUGCACAGUUUUCAAAAUGUCAUCGUGUGCUGUAAACAAGGGGUUACGAACACUUCUGUUUGGCGUGCAAACAGCUACGGCUCGUGCAAAACGUUCUGCUCCGUGCCUCAUUGGCAUGCGUGCAGCGAUUUCAUCAGCGUUGUAUGAAAUUUGUGAUCCCUUGCAGCAAGCGAAACAAAAGGAAUGCGCACUCUUGCAAGCAAUCUUUGCGAGAAAUUCCUGCAUUGGUGAUCAGCAAAAAAAUUUAUACUUUAUGUUGGUUACGUACGCGUCCACGCUCUUGGCGUUCAGCUUCAUUCUCCCCGGCACGACGCGUGAUAUUUUUGAAGGGGUUUUUAAAGAAGUCCUUAAAUAUGUUUAAUACUACGAAAAGUCGUUCCUCCUCUCUCUGUUUCCUGUCUGGGACAAUUUCUAUUUUAAUUUUAUUUUUCCUUCUGCGCCAAAUUGUCAAUACACAAAUUCUCCUUAAUGUGUGCUCAACGUACACGGCCAUAAGCUUCAGGUUUCUUUUUGUGCUUUAUUUCUUUUUUUAAGAAUAAAAAAACGAAAAAGAAACUUCAUCAUUCCUGUAGCUUCUGCAUUCCGAAAAGUUUUGUAAAUGGCCAUAACGUAUAUUGGCACAUCCGUACAAUAGGCUCUAUUGCACAGCAUUAAUACGGUGCUUUCCUGCAAACUUCCAAGUCGUUUGCACGAAAUAGCUCGUGGAACGAGCAUUACUUCCCAACGGCGCUUAAUGUGGCGUAUUACCAUCUUUCGUCUCCAGGUUUCCCAGUGCCUGAUACAUGAACUAAUACUGCUAACAAUGAAGUUCGCGCGGGUCGUGUCGACCGAGUCAAAAACAAAAAUCAAAAUUGACAGCGAACGCAAUUUAUACUCGCAGGACCCGGGCAAACAACCGCCGACCCCGAUUUCGCGCAGACACUUCGCUCAUUUACUAUAUCUCGAAAAGCCGUAUCACCGAAAACACAUCCCCAAAUCAAACUCGCUGCACAGUCAGCAGAGUGCCCGCGCAUCGCUCACCGCACCUUACCGUUUCAAGUCCCGUCAAAGUCCGGCCCCACUGUUACUUCAUAGCUCAGUGGUGAAUAAAAGUUGAGGGGGGGGGGGGGGGGGGGGAGAACGGCCGUUUCGUACAGGGGCCUUAUAACAUAAAACUAUUCCAAUAUGUUUUUGUUCCAAUCUCCUGACGUCAAAUUUGCGUAACCGCCGACGCAAGCAUCGGGCGGUCACCCGCAGGGUUGUCUGAACAGACCAAUCAAACGCUCUACUCGUUCAUAGGAGGUCACUUUUGUUUGCUUGAAGAACGAAUAACAUUGCCUACACUGAGCGGUUUGUCUUAUCUAAUUGGCUGACAAGAGGCGAGAAACACGCUCAAGUGGAGAGGGACUCGAUGAGGCCGAGCCAGUGCACUAAAAAUCGAUAACCGGAUGAAGAGGGUGGUGCCAGCGUCUGCGAUUGGUCCGCUUUCCCUUGCUUAGCUUGCGGUGGCUGGUCGACAAUCGCGGCGGCAUGCAACGGAAGCUUAAGAUUGACACUACAACGCAUCCUCAGCAAAGAAGAGUUGGCAGAACGCGGUCGUAAACGUGCCGAAAGUGCUCGAAAACGUUACACGGCCAAGCAAAAAGCUUUAUUAUACGCAAAUAAACCCAUGCUCUCCUGCAGGUGCGAGUAGCCAGUGCUUGAGCGAUCGGCGACAGCCAACUUUCAUCCCUUUCGGAACUGGGCUGCCUGCGGCUAUUCAGAAGAAAAUUAAGUUUUGUUCGGCAUAUUAAUGCAUCUUUAAAGCGUUCACGUCACUCUGACGCGGUGCGUUCUUGCGGUUUUGUGACGUCGCGUGACAGGCAGGUGAAGUGGGUGCAGCCCGAAAACUUUUGACCAAUAGCCGAGGGCUAAUGACGAAAGGCGUCGAAUCAGAAAUAGUUACUUUUCUUUUGUUCGGUCAAAUCAUGCAUAAUCAGUGUGUGCACGUCAUAUCAGAUUGGGAGCUAUCGCGGUUUUCGUGACGUCGCGUGACAGGCAGGUGAAGUGGGAAUGAUCCAAAAAAGUUUUAGACCAAUCAGGGAGGGCUGAAUGCAGAAAUGGAAUAGAAAAGUUUGGAAUAGUUUUACUUUAUAGCGCCCCAGUACUAAUAAACAAGACGGAAGCAUUUAGUAAAAGCAUUAACACCCUAUCGCAAGCUAAACUUCGCUUCAUUUAACACUGCAGCAGCGCGUCAUCGAACAUCAAAUUUCUUUCAUUUUUUCUUGUUUUAUUUGUUUCGUACUGUUUUGUUACUUCAAGGCUUGUUGGUCUCGGUUUCAAUUCGCAUGUACGCAUUCAGUGGGCGUGUAUUUUUUUUUUUUUUUUUGGGGGGGGGGGGGGGGGGGGUAUCCUCUGAGCCGCCCUUUUUUUCCUAGCCUAUCGCUCUCUCACAUUCCUACGCCUUACGUGCUCCAGGCCCGAUAGCACUAAAGACUACAGCACCUUGCACGCCUCCGAGUUUCGACGCUACAGGAGCACGGUAUACGCACCAGGCACACAAAUACACACACGCUCGCACAGAUGAACGCACGCCCUUUCGGACAAUAUCUGCACAUUCAUUUGCCACGAACAUUCCUUUUUUUUCACUUUACACUCAAUAACCCGCAUAAAGGCCUCUAGUUUGUUUCGUCACCUCUCUCCCUUACUGCAACCCUGGUGCAAUCUGGAGUCCAGACAGAACAAUAAUAAAAACGCACUAGCAAGCACAUUUUAAUCAAAUUCUGAAACGUCAAUCCUUACACCUGACCUAAACCGAGUUCAAUGUGUUAUUUGGUGGCCAAUUUAGCAGAGAACUGAGGUCGUUGCUGCUGACGAGUAAGACCUCGCGUGGAUAUGUUUUGAACAAAAAGUCACGAAAACCCACAUUAUCUAGGGUCAUUAUCUGGACUAGGUGUCUAAGCGUCUUAAAUUCCUCAUUUAUUUUGAUGGUAAGAACGCCGAGAUAUCGUGCUACUUUCGCCGCCAUUAGGAUUGCGCAUAAUUUUGCACGAGCAUGCGCAGAACAUCGUUCAUCGACUAAAGAUUCGAAAGCAUAAACCUUGGGUUACUUGUGCUUUUGCUUAAAGAUAUGCAAAGCAUACAACGCAUUAAAAAAUAAAGGUAUCGUGACAGUGAAAUUAGAUGUUUUAUUUGCCUAAAUAACAAAAAGCUGCAAUUUUCUGUCACUGUUUUAUUUAUUUUUGUUUCGAAAGAGCACUCAGGAAAAAAAAAGAGCUGCGAUGUGAAUUGGCGCACACGCUCGCGUAUUCAGUUGAUAUCGUCAAAAUUUCAAAAUUUUUGCACGUAUGCGCCCAGCUAGAAGGAUCACCCAAUGUGUCCUCGAGUACUUUGUGGAAGUCGAGAAUUUUCCAACCUUAAGAAAAGAAGAGAAAGUUUGCAAACGCGAAAGACGUGAUUGGAUUGUUCAGCUGAUUUCAAGUUCUCAGAAGCAUCACACACUCAGAGGCCAUAUAUUUCGGCGUCUUAAUUAAGCUGUUUUUCUACACUUGUUUUUUUGCUUACUGAGCCACGGCAAUCACUUGCUUUCUGACUCUGCAGAAGGCCCCAGCGGGCUGCGACGUCGAACGGGGUCGUCGAGAACCUUAUUAUCAGUGGGAUUUGCAACGGAGUACCAAGGCUUAUUCUUCUUCUGGUCAUUACCUCUGCUCAAGAAAAAAAAUAGCAAUCUGUGAGCGUUCGUUUGCUCGGGUAUUGGAUAAUCAAGUAUGGACCUCCGUAUCACGCACCCUUAAUCCACAGGCCCGCGUCUGGCAAUUGGAAAAUGUUAAGGUAAAACAUACAACAGCGCCGUCUGCAAAAUCUCACAAGCACACCCAUAAAUGAAAGCGCUACCGGUCUGGCAUCGUGUAUUUUUUUUUUUUCAUAACUUCAACUUUUUGCUCACAACAGUGCGUUCUUCCCGCAUAGCUUGCCUCCUUGCGGUCACUCCGCUUCGCAAUUUUCUAAGCUCUUUCCCUCAAAGGAGAGAGAGAGAGAGAGAAAUAAACACUCAACCAACGCUCACACUCACCAAGACGAUGACGCCGACGACACUCGUGACAACAGCUAGCAAACACACAUUGUCUCUCAAUGGUGCUGCAAAAACCGCGACAGGUCUUUCCUCGACUGAACGAGGCCCCCUCUGGACUGACACGCUUCAGCGCUGGACGACGAGAAGAAAGUGUGAAAAAAAAAAUGUUGAAAAAAAAAAAUGCAACAACAUUGCGAUGCGUAUAGCCGGGAGAAUAGAAGCGCGGCGUAAGUGUGUGAACACAUUUCUCUAUGUCUCGCGUCUCUGUGUUGUCUCCUUCGACUCGUUGUUGUUGUUGUUGUUGACCGAGAAUGCAAGGUUGCGUGAUGUGUGUGCGUGUUUUUCAUUGUUGUUGUUGUAAGUGUCGGUGUUUGACUCGCCGCUCUCGCGUGUGCAGUGACCGAGGGAUGGAUUUAUCUCGCGCUCUGCCAUGCACAUUAUAAGGUUGGCAAGGCGAGAGAGAGAUGCUGGGAGUACACUGCAGCUUCCCAAAGAUUUCGUGUAAUUAGAUAGUAUUCGUAGCGUUGUAGCUUCGGUCGUUGCACGAUCACAAAAUUUCGCGAGCCGUGCAUUCUCUUGUUUUAUUUCUUCUUUUCACUAAUACCGUUUUCGUUCACGCCAUCUGCACGGGUCCCUCGCUCCACGUUAACGGUGUCGGAACGGGUGAUCACCUUCGGAAGCCUAAUCGUAAUCAGCCUAAUCGUUUGACCGCUCAGUCAACCCGAAACCUGCCUUGCGUCCCUUCAUGGAGCUGUUCUUGUUCUUUCUGUCGCUUUUUAAAGCUGUUUUAUAUUCAGUCAGCCAGCAAUAAGCGCUUUUGAUAUUUUUCAAAACCUAUUCAUGACUGCGAGAAUUGAUCCCAGCGCCUAAUAAUCAUAAUGCGACAAUGGGGUUACGCCAUCUAUUCGUUCACAAGUGAGACGGUCCAAAUUAGAAAAUUAUUUUCGAGAUCCCACUUAAGGGACUUGUGAAGUAAGCUUUCAAGAAAUCUUAGUGGACACGAAACUCCCUACGUUUGCCGUGAAGUGCAGUUCGGAACAAUAAUUCGUGUCUUGUUGCUGUUGUGUUCUAUUAAAUAGGGUUAAUUCAAGCGCGCUAAGUACCAGUAUGAUAUUUUAGUCCCGCUACAAGAGAGCUUGGCUCUUUUUUUGUUUUUGUUUUUAUUAAUGAACGGGUGGCGAACGGCGCAGUACCAUAUUGGCCCACCACCCUCUCCCUUUCCCCCCUUUCUUCUUAAGCUCUAAUAGACUGGCUGCAGUCGUGCUGACAGGCUUUGGAACACAACCGUUCUCCUCUGCGGCCCUGAACGCAAAUUCACGCAGCCUUUUCUGCAAUCCACAACCUAUAGGAAGCUGGGUAGCUACGUCUAUGCGCCAGCUUUAAUCACGUUUCGGUCGCUGUCCCCUCUUGAGUAAAAGUAUUGCGAGUUUCUCACGCAAGGCGUGUACAUCCCUCCUCAAAAUUCUACAGGUCACAGCUGCGUGAGGCCAGAACUCUUUUCUACGUGUCAUGCGGCGAGAACUGCGGCUCUGGACGCUGCGUAUACGGGAGAUGGCAUUAUUCUACCAGGUUUCACAUGGGUAGUGGCGCAUCUGAGGUACACCCACGAGACGUCAGCAUAGCUAGCUUCCGCGCCGCGCGUAAUUUGCCCGGGUACGCUUUUUCAGAAAAGCCGCAACGUAUAACUGAAUCCCACGUUGAACAUAACGGCGCACAGCUUCCUCCCAAAUGUAAUGUUCGUAAAUUUUUAAUUUUUUUUUGGCUCUAUACGCACGGGCCACCGUUAAUUUGCCCACUGCCUGCUCCGACUGCUGGGCUGAAACGCCUUCACCGAAAUUGAGCGGUAGUUUGUUCGUAACGGCCUGUCACUGUAGCAUUCGUGUAGUCAGUGUCCCGCUCGCGCCGGCAGCUGCAUGGCGGUCUCUUGCCAGCUGUGUCCGCUGCUGUGGGUCGCCCGUGUAGUGCACGUUCUGUGAUUGUACACACUCAGCACGCGAGAGUUUUACACAAACGCAGAGUGAGUCGCGCUCCCUUAUCUCUCUGUUGUCGUGCUUGUUCCUGUGGUUGCGAUCUUGUUGUACGCAUAUACACAUAUAUGAAUAUAUUAUACGCGCAUAUAUGUAUAUUAUUACCAAAGAAAAAAAAGAAGAAAGAAACCGCGACAUCUGUGCCGCCAGGGCCGGAUCUGUGAGAGGACCUGUCAACGUGUGGCCCGUUUCAUGCCCAGCCCUUGUCGAGUAAUGCGUGUUCACAUAGUACGUUACAAGUACACAUGACCAUACAGCAUAUAUAUAUAUAUAUAUAUAUAUAUAUAUAUAUAUAUAUAUAUAUAUAUAUAUAUAUAUACACACAAGAUUCUAGAUGUUUUGAACACCGCACGCGCGCUUUGGUCGAAAGUGCGAGUGUCGAACCGUGAUGACGUAUGUGCGCGUGUGACUGUGGCUGAGUGAACGUCUUGCUGUCUGUCGCGUGCGAGUUUCUCCGUGUGUGAGCCAGUACAAACGUGUUUCAUGUUUGAAAUCGGUUUAAACGAUGGCAAACCAUAUGCAUACGUGGUCUGUUGUUUUUUCUACGAUGCAAAAGGGGGGAAAAAAGAAGGAAACAAAGCCGAACUAAGCAACAGCAGCAACAACACCUAAUGUUUGUUCCACGAUAUUCAAAGCUUAUUUCGUUGUCGCUGUCCCGCGUAUCAACUCGGUCUUCUUUAUAAACUUUCUUUUCGAGAACGAGAAAAUAAUAAUAAUAAUAACCCCGCUUCUCACCUUCCCCUUUUCACGCCAUCUCCAGCAGUUGCUUAUUUUUUACGUCGUUAUAACUUAAGCAAGGCUGGACAGCAGACGCUCUACAGAACUGAAUAUCAUGGUGCUUGUUGAACACAGCGUUUGUUACCUACAUGCCUAUAGCGUAUAUCAUGCAGCUGUAUUUGUGGCGCGUUGCGAUACACUUACGAGCUAUAGCGAAAGCAGAAGCAAGAAAAAAAACGAAAGAAAGAAAGAAACAAAAGGUAAAACGAGAAAGGCUGAUGUGGUCCGUAGCAUCGCGCAGGUUCUCGGCCUUUUCGAUAACAUUGAAGUCAUCGUGCGUCUAUUGUCUACGAAUAUCUGGCAUACUCGGUUUCACGAUAUCCUGUAACUUAAGUUCAAGCUACGAGGCGAUCAAACUUCACACCUUGAUUCUGCGCUCGAAACUGCUUUAAGCUAGAGAGACAACAGUUUGAGGCAGCCGGACACGCUGGACACGAACACAGGUCUUUACAUGGUCGCGCUCCUGAUUGUCCCAGGCCAUUUUCGGCUCCAACUCCAGCGGCGCGUUAUAGCAAAGUAGAGUACAGGCUUCAAAGAUGAGGAAUUCAAACCUUGACGGUUGCCUUGGCAACUGCCGAACGCUGCAUGAGCAGACGUGUUAGCGCAGGCUGGGCUGAAAGUGAAAACGCGCACUUCUCGUGCUGCGAAUACCGUGCCAUCAGAUACACUGUUUUCCGGGCCUUUCUUUCUAUUUCACUUCGUCCCGUUCAUACCAUGCUCUGUCAUAGCAUAAUAACAUAACUCUGUCAUCAAGUUUAAGGAAACCCGACACUAUAAUGUCUCUCACGAGUACGCACUAUGUAUACAUGACAGCCGCAGUUACCCAUACCGCACCGCGCAAGUGAUCUUCAGAGAAUUUAUCGUGUUUAGACAAGAAAAACUUCGCAUCGGCACGAGACCAAAUCGCAACUAUGAAACGAGAAAAACUUCGCUACGUAUCGCGCGCGCAUUGCGGCGAAGCGGACGUGUUGGCGCAGGCUACUUCCUAAAGCGCACGGCGUCUCCGACAAGCACCUGAUGCUAGGGAAACGCAGGUACCAAAUAUAUUCGCUGUACUUUCGUUUUACUUAAACAUAAACAGAACAGACUGUUAAAACACACGCCGCAUUACGCUCCUCCUGCGCGCACGCCCCGUAUGUGCGCCGUACUGUUCAAAACAUCGUGCCGCGGCAAUUACCACACCUUUAUGCAGUUGUACACGCUUUCAAGUGGCGCAGGGAUCUUUGUAUUUACGUUACAUGUUGUGCAAUGGUUUUGACUUCAGGCAUGGCGCCGGAGGCUAUCCGCAAAGCAGGAACGCGUUGUCUUUCAUUUAUUGGCUCAAAACACGCAUUGGUGUUUCCAAAGCUGUCAAUGAAAAAAGGACCUGGCGAACUAACCAGUUCUUAUAAGCGUACUACGUAGUACGCGCAGUUUUCAGCACUUGUUACGAAACCACCGCGCACGUGAUCAGACCUGUCACAGGGCAGCGUACUAAAGCCAGCUACAAAACCGUUAUUUUUGUCGAAGCCCAUAUAUUCGCUCGUGCCUCUCUGCAGCUUCGUAGCAGCAGUCGACGCACUACGGCAACACUGCAACGGGGCGUGGCGAGACCUUGUCGCUCGUGGAGUGGCUUUCAAUCUUUCGACGAAGACUGUAACCCCCAGCUAUUGCGCACAUGUAGAGUUUGCUUUCUUCUUCUACUUUGCUCCUUAAUGUUUUCCCUUUUCUUUAAUUAAGACGUGCAUUUUUGUUCCUAUGUGAGGCGAGCAGUCGUAGACACCCGUUGCUACAUUACAUGCUUUUGAACAACUGUCUUGGUCGCUAACACCCAGAGAAAACACAGCCCAACCAAAUCUCGCAAUUUGCACGUCAGACUCGCAGCGUCCGGUUACGCGCUUUUAGUUAGCUGAGACGCGGUAAGCACGAAGAAGAAAGAAAACAGACGACACUAACGAACAAACUGGAAUUACAGCCCAGUCUUUUUACACGAACUUUCGGGCAGCCUCUUUCGUAUGGCAAAAAAAAAAAAAAAGAAGCCAAUUUCAUUGUUCUUGCUCUUCCGUGUUGCCCGAAACGUCUUUUUUUUUUCACAGGAACAAAACUCAAGGCUGUACUUUAUUUUUCUCUUUUAUAUCACUGCUGUUAUCCUCCUCUGCCUAUUCCACACAAACGCGUGCUUUGCAAACAACCUUCCUGAGCACGCCGUAAGGAGGUCAAAACAAGAGAAGGGAACUUUUUUGCUAGCACAUAUAUGAGAAAGUGAAACGUUAGAAGAAAAGGAAAACUGUUGAAGUUCACAGUCCUGAUUGCGUGUUGCAGUCUGUCGUUUGUUUAUCGCUGCGUGUGCAUUGUUUGCUUAUUAUUGUCUUGCUCUUUUUUUUUAUCCCUGUUAUGCAACGUAUUCCGCUGUGAAUACCUUUGAGGUAAAUAAAACAAAAUUCAAUGACA